GGAACCUAUAUAAUCCUCCCAGAGCAUAAUCUGAGGUUUUUACUGAAUUUGCAGUGUAUGAAUUCGGUGCAGAGGUCAAUAUAGUGCAGUUUCGUUGGAGUUAGUGGGGUGUUUAAUAUUUUAGAGUAAAAUUCGGUGACAAAAAGCUUAGAUUUUUACGAGUUAUGGGCAUGCUUUUACGGACUAAGGCUAGAAAGAUUGCCCUGGGCAUUAGAAUAUUUUGUGUAGUGGCUCUAAGUUGUGGUUUUAUUUUGUAUAAUAGUUUUGCGGAUAGAAGAUCUGAAACACCUAUCGACCAACCAGUACCCAAGCCUGCAAAUGGUGUCUACCGUCAUCUGCUUGGCAUAGAUCUGAACAGUACUGAACCAUCUUACCAAAAGGACCCAAUUUUAAACAACCAAAACGGUACUGAGCUCGAUGCCAACUGUACUCCUGCAGCUAUUCACGAGUUCCCCUCUGAUGGCCUUACCAGAGAAGACAGAAGACAUGGAUGGGUCCUCAUACACGUCAUGCUCUCAUGCUACCUGUUCAUAUUCCUAGCAGUUGUUUGUGAGGAGUACUUCGUACCCUCUAUCAAGAAAAUAUGUAACGGUUUGAAUAUGAAAGAAGAUGUUGCCGGAGCUACAUUCAUGGCUACAGCUAGCUCUAGUGCUGAGAUAUUCAUCAACAGUAUUGGUACCUUCAUUACACAGGGUGAUCUCGGGGUAGGAACCAUCGUGGGUUCUGCCGUUUUUAAUAUUUUGGCUGUACCAGCAGUUUGUGGCCUUUUCGCCAAUAUGGUGUUAGAGUUGGAAUGGUAUUCCGUGACACGUGAUAGUGCCGUAUAUGGCUGUUCAGUAGUAUUACUCAUUGUCUUCCUCCAAGAUGGAAAGAUAUAUUACUAUGAAGCUUUAACUCUAGUCUUAGUUUACUCAAUAUAUGUCAUAAUUAUGAUUUUUAAUAAUAAAAUUAGCUCGAACCUACACAAGGUAGCAGCUAAAAUAAAGAGGAGAGGAUACUACAGGGAGAUAUUGCACGAAAAUCAACCCUUACUACUGCAAUCGAAUGGAAAAGUAAAUCGCUAUAACAGCGGGGUAGAAGAAAUACUGGAUUCCGAAUUGACGUUGAAAGAUAUCGAAGAAUUAGAAGAAUCCACUAAUAUUUGGGAAUGGCCUAGCAAGGAGUCCAAAAGAGCAAAAUGUUGGUGGGUUCUAACAUGGCCCAUCUCAUUGGUCUUGUAUUUUACCACACCAAACUGCAAGAACCACCAUAGAUUGUACCCAGUGACUUUUCUAAUGUGUGUUUUCUGGAUUGGGGCCAUAUCCUAUCUGGAAGCUUGGUUGAUAACUGUUAUAGGUGAUACACUUAAUAUUCCUGAUUCAGUGAUGGGCUUAACUUUCUUGGCAGCUGGCACUAGUGUUCCCGAAGCAGUUUCCAGUGUUAUAGUCACUAACCAAGGACAUGGUUCUAUGGGAAUCAGCAGUUCUAUUGGAUCCAAUACCUUUGACAUAUUGCUUUGUCUGGGAAUCCCCUGGUUUAUAAAGUCGGCGUUUUAUCCAAAGGUGCCUCACGAACACUGGAUAACUAUAAACUCUCAAGGAAUUAACUAUAGCGCCAUAUGUCUACUUACUACGCUUGUAUUGUUGUACCUGACAUUUUACCUUAAUAAAUUUAAGUUAGAUUGGAAAGUUGGUGUUACAUGUUUAGCCAUGUACGUAGCAUUUUUAGUAUUCGCCUCUCUAGUAGAACUGAACGUGUUCUUUCCAGUAAAUUUGCCAACUUGUGACAGAUGAUAUUAGAUAGUUCCUAUUCGCAAAUUUUAUUUUAUAUUCUGAAUAUCAGAAAGACUGUAAUUUUAAGUUGUGAAUUGUGUUUACAAUAGUUAUAAACGGAAGGAAACUUGUUAAUGCUUUAAAUUAUUGAUUUUUUGAUAUAUUUAGUAUUUUCCAAUUAUUUUUGUGUAUUUAUUAGGGAAAAAAUGUUGUAUAAAGAUAAUAAAUAUAUUUGUU